AUGCCCAAUUACCUGGCUCGCGCGACUGUGUUUUCGCAGCGCCUCUUUAUGGAUAUCGAGAACAAGCAAGCCCAGCAGGCCAUGCUGUUUCAACAGUCGCACCUAGACUUCCUCCAUCACCCCGCCACCACAGCCAUAAUCGUGGACAAGGAUGCUUCUAGAUCCCGACGAUCUUCCGCCCCUUACGGCACCAGUGGCACUCCCCAUCACACAAUGAACCACGAUGUCGAAAGUGGUCCUGCUAAUGAAGCAGACGAACGUCGGGCUCUUCUCCCCAGAGGGGGCACAAGUAGCACUGGAUCUUCUGACACGCAAGUCGAAGAACAUGGCUUUUGGUACAGGCUUCUGGUCGACACCGACAAUACCCCAGGUUUCGAGAGCCGCAAUCUGCUUCCCAAGCCACUGGGUCUCCUUGCCGGCCAUCUGGAAUGGAGUACUGGUUCUAUCUUCUGGCUCAACUUCAUUGCCAUUCUCCCCCUCGCUUCAAUUUUAUCUCGCGCGACUGAAGAUUUGUCCGGCCAUCUGGGAGCGACCUUGGGUGGCUUGUUGAAUGCAACAUUUGGGAAUGCAGUUGAAUUGAUUGUCAGCAUCAUCGCGCUAUCAGCAGGCGAACUCGAGGUCGUUCAAGCCUCUAUGCUUGGCUCGAUCCUGUCUAACCUGCUGCUGGUACUUGGGAUGUGCUUCCUCCUCGGCGGCCUCACAAACAUGAAAGACAAAGAUGGCCGCGGCAUCGAGCAGACUUUCGCCCACGGUAAUGCUCAGAUCACUGGCUCGCUUCUGGCACUCUCUUGCGCCUCCAUGAUUUUUCCUGCCGUCUUGUACGGCGUGCUCGAUCAAUCUGACGCCGAAAGGGACAAGACCGUGCUCAUGCUGUCUCGGGGCACUUGUGUCAUCCUACUCCUAUUGUACUGCCUUUACCUAGUGUUUAUCAUGCACACCCACAAAGAGUUGUUCAGCGAAGACAAAGACGAGGAUGAAGUAACCCAGCUGGGGCCAUGGGAGGCUUCGAUUCUUCUUCUCGUCACGACUCUCAUCAUCUCAUUCUGUGCGGAUUACAUGGUUGAGACCAUUGACGCACUAGCAGCAUCAGGCAAGAUGAGCAAGACAUUUAUUGGAUUGAUCCUCAUUCCUAUCGUCGGCAAUGCUGCCGAACAUGCUGCUGCUUGCACCAUGGCGAUCAAGAAUAAGAUGGACGUGGCAAUGAGUUGCGCUAUUGGCUCCGGCAUCCAGAUCGCCUUGCUGGUCACUCCUGCGUUGGUCAUGCUGGGCUGGGCUAUUGGACAACCCUUGUCCCUUCAUUUCGAGACUUUCCAAACCGUGGCCUUUGCCCUUUCUGUUCUGGUUGUCACCUAUACCGUGCAGGACGGCAGGUCUAACUACCUCGAGGGCGCAAUGCUUCUCGGCCUCUACUGCAUCAUUGCCCUCGCCUUCUGGGCUAGCCCCGGAGAUGCCCUCGGAAAGGGCUCCAUCCCGUGGAACUAA